AAAUAUAAUGAAAAUGUUGGUGCGACUCUUGCUUAUUUUAUCGUUGUUAGCAGAGACGUGGGGCCUGUUUUCUGGUGGUGUUUUCGAUCUGAAUUUCUUGAAGUGCAUGUGGAAAAAAGACUACGACUGCCCGCACGAGGAUAUACGAUUUUUCCUCUACACAACUUAUUACAAACGGGGGAAAAUAGUGGAUAUGAAUAGACCAAAAACAUUCUUCAGAGCCGGAUUCAAGCCGCAUCGGGAAACAGCCAUCAUCAUCCAUGGAUUCAAUGGCACACAAACCAGCCGGCACAUCAUGUUCCUGAAAGAUGCUUACCUCUCUCGCAAGUACAACGUGAUCGCCGUGGAUUGGGAGAGGCUUUCCCAGUACCCAUGUUACCUGUCGUCGCUAUCGAACACGAAGCUAGUCGCGCAGUGCACAGCACAGAUGUACUCUUUCCUUACCCUUGCCGGCAGUCGCAGCAAGCAGAUCACGUGCGUGGGUCAUUCACUUGGCGCCCAUAUCUGUGGAAUGAUGUCGCACCAUUUGACCAAACGUCAGUUCAAAAUCAUAGGUUUGGAUCCAGCGCGACCCCUAAUUGAGAAGCACGCUUCAAAUCGAUUUCGUCUGACCAGGGACGACGCUCAAGUGGUGCAGGUUAUUCACACAAAUGCCGGAUUCCUAGGGCAAACUGCAUACACUGGAUCCGUUGACUUUUGCAUAAACGGUGGCCAACGGCAACCGUACUGUAACGGCGAUGAUAUUAGGCAAGCACGUUGCAGUCAUUUUCUAAGUGUGUGCUAUCUGGCGAACGCCAUUUUUACCAACAUGCCAACAAUGGCGUUCCGGUGCCCUAACGGCUGUGUGCGGAAUAAUCGAAUACCAUUUGUGCCGGUGCGGUAUACGAAAAAGGGACGAAUUAAGAUUAGGUUUCUGCACAUCGGACAGGAUACGCCAGACGAACUAUCCGGAGGAUAUUGCAUUCACAUGCCACAAGCGAUGAAUUGUCCGUUCAACUAA